AUGGCUUUCCUGUGGCUCGUGUCUUGCUUUGCUGUCAUCAGCGCAGCCUAUGGCUGUGGCACCCCUGCCAUCCCCCCUGUGGUGACUGGCUAUGCCCGCAUUGUCAAUGGUGAGGAGGCAGUUCCCCACUCCUGGCCCUGGCAGGUGUCCCUGCAGGACUACACUGGUUUCCACUUCUGCGGUGGCUCUCUGAUCAGUGAGAACUGGGUUGUGACUGCUGCCCACUGUGAUGUGAGCACCAGCCACCGUGUGAUCCUUGGUGAACAUAACAAAGGAAGCAGUGCCACACAGGAGAAUAUUCAGACCAUGAGAGUGGGGAAGGUGUUCACUCACCCCCAGUGGAACCCCAACACCAUCAACAAUGACAUCGCUCUGAUCAAACUGGCUUCCCCCGCUUCUCUGAACUCCCAUGUGUCUCCCGUCUGCCUGGCAGAGUCUUCUGAUAACUUCGCACCAGGCAUGACCUGUGUGACCUCUGGCUGGGGUCUGCUCCGUUACAGUGACUGGUACACCCCCAACCAGCUGCAGCAGGCUGCCCUGCCCCUUCUGUCCAAUGAUCAGUGUAAGACAUACUGGGGAAGCAACAUCUCCGAUGUGAUGAUCUGUGCUGGAGCUGAUGGUGCCUCCUCUUGCAUGGGUGAUUCUGGUGGUCCUCUGGUGUGCCAGAAGAACAACGUUUGGACUCUGGUCGGUAUUGUUUCCUGGGGAAGCAGCAGAUGCUCCACCUCCACACCCGCUGUGUACGCUCGCGUUACUGAACUGCGCGCUUGGGUGGACCAGACCCUGGCUGCUAACUAAGAUGUCAAAGCCUUCUAAAAAAAAAAGUAGAACAGUGCCAUCCAUCGGUUCGUAGGUCCAGAAAAUAUGCAUGGUCCAACCACUGAAUAGAUUCACAUAUCUACAAUAAAAAUCAUUGCAACAACACUAA